AAAAAAAAAAAAAACAAACGAGCCUUAGAAUUCUCCCUCCUUCUCCUCCUCCUCCUCCUCCUCCUCGCAUUUUAUCCGGAAACGUACGAAGGUGCAAUCAACGAUGAUCGUGGGUCUAUCAUUCGCGAACAGGACAGCCUCUCUUCUGAAGGGGGAAUAAAAAAAAAGAAGUGAACGGAAUACCGCUCGGUUUUUUUCGCGUAAAUGAAAACCGAAACCGCCGACAAGAUGGGGAACAGGGAGAGGACGAGUAGCAAAGGUGGCACCGAGCACCCAGCGCGCGCGCGAGAGAUGGAACGGGGGGGCUGCUGCCUUCCCCGGGACGGAGGGUAUACGGAUGAAAGAACGAGGAAGAGGGCCGCGGAGCGAACGAUCGUGGCUCCGGAAUAAAGUGGAAUUCAGCGCGAGCUGAAUUAUAAACGAUAUUAUGCAAACACGGCGCCGCGGAGUGAAGAGAAGCGCGUACUCUCUCAUGCUGCGAGAGUUAAUUUGAUGAAAAACAUCAGAGGCCAGGCCAGGCGCGGGCAAGAGGGUCUCGAAGAGAAAGAGAGCGGAAAAAGGAAAGAGAAAGAGAGAGAAAAAGAGAGAGAAAGAGAGGGAGAGAAAGGAAGAGACCAGCAAAAGGCGCAUCUCGCGGCGAAAGAUCGCUCUCCGAAAGGCGAGAGCGCACUUCUCUCAUUAUCCAGUCGGCUCUCGAAAGACGUUUCCCUUCUUCCUCUUUAUUCGUCUUUUCCUAUCGCUUCGUGUUUAACGUCUCAUUUGAAGCCGACAAACAGAUCGGCGUUUAUCGCGUAAAUGUCACAACUGCGAUGCUGUUCUCUCAACGCGCGAGAACGAUCUCCGUUUCCUAUAUACAUGUCUUUUUUUUUUUUAGAUUAUUGCUCGAUAGAUCAUAAUUCAGUCUAAAAAUUCUUUUUCGCUUGAGAGAACUUUUAGUUUUUAAUCACGUCCUUAAUUGACGAAACGCGUUGACGAAUCGCCGGGUAUUUUGGCCAAUUGAAAAUGGAGCGAUUUAACCGCUGAUUAUGUCGACAAUGUAAUAUUUCUAUCAUCGCGAGCUCUUCUUCCAAUACAAUCUUCGUGCGCAAUCAAUUAAUAUACAUCCAAUUAUUAAUAUCCUAAUAUUCUUAUUAAUAUCCAUUAACAUUCAAUUAAUUAAUAUACACGUUCGCGCAACGUUGCCGAGAAAUAGCAUCCAAGUUUCAAGAUUCCCGUGUGAUUUUCAACGAGGUGAGUUGAUAUAUUAUUAUCUUGAGUCUCAUAAUUAUAACGUAGCGUGACAUAAUGAUACGAUUGCAUCCUGGAUUGGGACGGCACACGCAUUCGCAUAGCGAAUACAUGUUAUCGUCCGCAUCGUUCGUGAUAGCGUGUGUUUUACGUGCCGCUUAGGUUCUUUGCGUGUCAUUGUAGAUGUCAACUCUUGCUCGCGUUUGAUGCAAAAAAUUUUCGAUCGGGGGAAAAAAGAGCCUAGUCAACUCGUCUACAUAAUUGUCUAAAUUCUUAGUUCAGGCGGAGAAUCGAUCGCGAGAUAAACGACGCUUAUAAUUAAAAAAAAAAAAAAAAAAACGCGAGAAGAAAAGAGAUUAAUCAUCGUCAUCCCUUCUAACGAGUGAUAAAGAGUCUUUCGGAGUCCGCGAAUUUUUCGCACCUCUCUCGCAUAUCGUGCGUGAAACAAGGGCGCGAUCAGGAGCGCAUCCCUCGCGGUAUCGCGGGUAGAAAGGACCUGAUCCUUCGGGCGCAGGUGCAAUUCGGCCGCGAGCGCGACGUCCGCCGCCAAUCUGCGCUCGUUGGGGGCGGUUCUCGGCCGCUCCGAAGGGGGUUGAGCCAACCCUACGCGGUGCGGCGGUAGGUGGUAGAAGCUCGGCUCGAAAAAGCCGAGCGCGUCUACGCGCAGCUGAUAAACAGUGCGACGAUGGUGCGCCUGCCAGCCGGCGUUCCGGCGUUCAAAUCACGAAGAGCCGCGAGAUCGGCGGCCCGUAUCGAGAACGGUACCGCGUCGGUACUCGGGAUCGUGGUAUCCCCGGGCGACUUGUUUACGCACUAAUUUCACGUAUCGAGACGCAUCGAACGGCGUCCUCCGGAUCGUCACGAUCUGAGAAAGAAUCGGAACCCCCGAGCGGUUGAAGCUUGGAAAUCGCGGAGUGUUCAACGGAAAGGAACAGGCGAUUGUUCCACGAGAGAAUAGGAUAACGAUGACGUCAAUAUGUCAAUUGUCACCAGCCAGGAAACGGUCGGUGCUUGUAACAUCCUAAUCAUGGAGCUCCUAUCCGUUCUCGUAUUCCCCACGUUAAGACGUUAAUUUGAACGUCCAUGAAAAUCCAAGUCGAAAGGAUUCUUCUUCCCAGGAAUCUACGUCGGGUGAACAGAAUCGUGGAUUGAAUCUGCAAGAGGGCCGAGCGGACGAGAUGUAUGGUUUAUAUAGAGCGUGGUUUGGCGGCGGUGCCACCGGCGGUACCACCAGUUAUCCCUGUCUUCAGGACACGUUUUCACCGCCCGACACGGUGGUGCGAGUUGGUAACGAGGGCGAGCAUCAGUUCGUCGCGCACAAGGGCGUGCUCGCGGCUCACAGCGGAUACCUGAAGGCCCUGCUGGCGAGCGCGACGACGACGACGGCGGCGACGCCGUCGACGAGCUCACCCUUCGACCCUGCCUGCGCGACCGUCGCCGUGACGGCGACCAGCGGGCAAUCGCAGCGACCGGUCACCUCCGUGUCGGUCUCGUCCAUCGGUGGAGAGGCGUUCGCGCCGUUGCUCAACUACAUGUACACCGGGCGACUGGAGGUGACGCUGGACAACGUUUACAGCGUGCUGCUGGCGACGCAUUUGCUACACAUGCCGGGUGCACUGGAGCAGUGCAGGGCCGCGCUGCUGAGGCUGCGGGCACCGCCGCCACUGCCGACGCCGCCGCUGACGUCGGCGACAAGCGGCUCGUCGCCGGGGACCGCCGGCAACAUCCUACGGCCCAUACCGAGCCGACUGGUGGUGGGCCCGCCGCUCUGCUGGCCACCCGCGGCCUCCCUCGCGUACCCGCCCGCCGCCCCGGCGCCGACCGCCCUGUCGCACUUGCCGCCGUCGAUGCAGCCGUUGAUGCAACCGACCAUGCCACCCGGGAUCAACGUCGUCGCGUCGAGGGAGAAGCAGGAGCAGUGCGCGCGUUACAGCACCGGGGAAAUGUCGAAGUCGCCGGAGUCCUCGUCAACCGUGGCGCAUCACAAACGCCCGAGAUUAAACACCAGCAGAUCGAGAACACCGGAGAUCGUGUCGACCGUGUCGACCCUGCCGUUCGUGGCCGCGGGCGCGGCCGCGUUCACCGCGUUCGCCGUGACGAGCAGCACGGCGAGCUCUGUGACGAGAGCACCGCCGCCGUCACCGUCGCGCUCGGUCUCGCCCGCGUCGCCCUCCUCCGUGUCGCGAACGCAUUCGCCCGUGCAUCACAGCAGGGACGACAGGUUGACGGAACGCGAUGCCCAACGAAGAGGAGGAGCAGGAGGAAGAGGAGAAGGAGGAGGAGGAGGAGAAGAGGUCGAGGAUUGUUCCGCUAGAUCGUCCAACGAUCAGCUACGCAAAUCGGUUGCCAGCACAUCUACCGACAGCAGACCGCCGAAUAAUCGCAACGGUAACGACGACGACGGCAACAACGACAACGGGAGUACCGUGAUAUCGGAAUACGAUCGGGCACGUUCGUCCCGGCGCCGGUCCCGAAUCUCGGCCGCGAAGGAGACCCCCACCACGAGCACCGUCUUCUCCGUCGUGUACGAUAUCGCGUGCUGCGACGGGCCGGUGCGCUUUCAUCGCGUCUUGAACGAGAAUUAUACGUCGGCGACGUCGCACGGGCCGCCGAGUACGCCGGCACGUAGGAAUUGCCAGCCGGAGAGCGAGGAUCCCUCGAGCGAGAACGACGAGAACGGCGGUCCGGCGGCGCGUGGAGGCGGCGGCGGCGGACACGCGCGCAGCAGCCCCAGCCACGACUCGAGCAACGACGGCAGCAGCAACGGCAACAACGGCGGAUGCUACACCUGCGGCUAUUGCAAGCACACCUUCAAGUCACAGUACUGCUACAGGAAGCACGCCAAGCGGCAUUUGCUCCCGACGAGGAUCAACGAGGCGAUCAACAGCGGCGGCGGCGUCGGCGGCGGGGGCGGCGGUGGGGGCGGCAGUGGCGACGACGGCGGAGACGGCGCCGCGGCUAUCGUCAGUCACGGACCGCGGCAAGAUCCCGCGCGCGGUGCCAGACGGGAGGUCAGACUGCUGGAUCUGAACGUGCAGUACUAUCCCUGCAAGAUUUGCGGCUGCAAGUUCCCGAGUUAUUACUUCGUGCACAAGCACAGGAAGCUCUGCCACGCGAAUGACGAGGAGAGGCAAGGCGCCACAGAUGGAGCGAAUGCAUCGAGCCGUGACGCGGACGCGUCGUCUACUCAGGAUGCUCCGUGAAACGAAAACGGACACGGCUCCCUCUCUCUCUCUCUCCUUGAUGCCAGAUUUAUUUUCCCUUGACUGUUCCCGAAACUCGUGGAAAGCAGAGAAGAUAUUUUCCACCCGGAAACAAGAGGAAAAAUUUCACAGAUUGGAACUCAAAGUACCUAUCGAUAUUUGCGCGUAUGGCGAAUAUGUAACUGUCGAAUAAAAUAGAUUGGCAAUUAAAUUAAAUUGUCGUAGAAUGUAAUAUGCUGAAAUUUACAUUACGUUUAAUAUUCAAAAUUAAAGCAUGUUCUUAAGUUACCUCGGAAAUGUAUAUAUAGAUAUAAAUCAUUGAAAACACAUCAUGUCCUACGUGUUAAAGAUUUGUAUAACUACUAAUUUAUGUUUAAUAGAUAGCACCUAAUCAGGUUUGUCCCUUUAUGUGUAUUCUUUAUCAUUACAUAUAUCUUGAUGUUACGUACAUCAAUGUUUUGAUAUACAUUUGGUACAUAUUUUGGGUACCAAAAAAUUGUACAAAAAAAAACAAAUCCGCGAUGUAGUUACGUAGUGAUAUAAACAAAUCACCAAUACAUAUUAUAGUUGAAUUUAAUUUAAGAAAAGUUAUAGUAACAAAUAAAUGAAAAGAAAUGCUAGUUUCUGAAUGUAAAAUAAAACUGCUCGUAUAAAUUGUAUUUCAAUGUUACAUUUAAAAUUAAAUGUAAAUGAAACGUUACUGCUAUAUUUUAUUCGAUUUUAUGUAAAAAAAAAAAUUUUUAUUUGCCAUGGACAAGUUCUACGUUUGAAUACGAUGUAUGUUUCAAUAAUGUACAUGUGUCGAGUCUGUGAAUUUAAGUGUACAAUCUAAUAAUGCGGUAUAUCAAUAUGUCGGAAACAAUUCUUUAAAUUCACAGAAAUAAACUACGAGACGAGAGACUGCAUUAUUAAAUACCCCACCAUUUCCAUCGGAAAAGCGACGUAAUAAAAUAAAUGCUUACCCGGAAGUAUAUCGAUAAUGGAAUAAAUAUGAUAAUUAAAGAUA